CGGUGUUGGUAUUAAAUAUAUUCUUUAUGUCAACGGAAGUGAAGUUUUAGAAAAAGGCAUGCUCUCUGACCAUUUGACUCAAUAAAUAAUAUAAAAUAUAAUUGACAAUUGAUAAAUCAACACUUACAUUCUUGGAAAUUUUUAUUCUAAGAGUGCCAUUUAAUUAAACACAAAUAAAUAGACCAUCUUGACCAAUAAACACAAAUAAAUAGACUAUCUUGAACAUAUCUAACAAUCAGCAUUCACUGUCAAAUGUCUUUGUGAUUUUAUAUAUCUAAACUUUAUUUAUAACUCUAUUGACUAUUGAUUACAAGCUGAAAUUUUUAAUUAUUGAAAAUGUCAUCGAUUAAGAAAGCUAGCGGUCUGAGCUUUACAUCACGAACAACCUUUGGUAUUGAAGAAGAACCUCAUUACGAUGAUAUGACUGAUGAAGAAUUGAAAUCAUGUCUAGAGUUAUCAAUACGGACUAAUAGGAUAUUAAGCUUGGAAAGUGAUGUCUUUGAACGGUAUCUAGCUCAUCAUGAUCCUCAAUCUCUACAAACAAUGACUCAAGUACUAGAAACAGCAAAAAUAAUAUCAUCCCAAAUGACACAAUCAUCAUCCCGAAUACAAUCAAGUGCCGACAGUACUGCAGGAAUAAGUUUAACAAAAGCAAGUUCACCUCUAUCGCCAACCAGUAGCAGCAGUAUCAGAACUUUCAGCGGUAGCCGUGGAUUUGCGUCAAUACUCACGACGAAUCCAUCACCAAAGGGUCUGCGCAUCACGCUGUCGCACCGGAUUGAAAUGGCGAACAAGGAGAUAGACGAGAUGAAAAAACAAUUGGUAGCAUGUGAGAAACAAAUUGCUAGAAAAAGGUCUAAUUUUACUGCCGAGCUGGAAGAAAUCGAGCUGCGAAUACGAGAUAUUGAUGAAGCGAAAGAACAAUUGGAGAUUCAUGUUGUUAAAAAAGGAGCUGACAAGACUGGUAAAAUAUCAGCAGAUAAAUUUUUGAGGUACAUGGAGACCUGGACCAAGGCAGUAGACCGCGUGAUUGACAAGCUGAGAUUGAAAAGCUUGACGAUCAAGAGCCAGAUCAAAAAAGCUAGGCUGCAAUUGCGUCAGCGGGAAGAACUUGGUGAGACGCUUCAUCUGAUUGAUUUCCAAGCUCUGGCUAUUGAAAAUGAAGAGUACUUGAAGAAAAUUGAUGAUAAAAACCACCAGCUUGGUCAGUUGAAGAAAAUAACUGGAAGGUAUAAUAUUGAGCUGAGUAAUUGCAAGGAACAGUUGACUGAACAGCAGGCGAGCUUGAAAAAUACUCUCAAAGAAAUUGAUGUAAAAAAAAAUCAGAUUGAAAAGUUGAAAAAGGAUUUGGAAUUGUCUCAGUUGCAUAUACAGCAAAUGGACGAACAAAUUGUGGAAAUUACUAAAGCGCUUGAUGGUUAUGAGAUGCCAGACGUAAUUGAUUUCAUCCGGGUGCAGUUAGAGCUAGAAGAAAUGAAGAAAACUUACAAACGCAUCGAGAGACAUAAACACAUUCAAAAAUCUACAUUACGUGCCUUUAAAAAACGUCAAACACGCUUGCAGUCUAUUAAAGCCAACACCGAUUCAAUCAAAGCAAUUAAUUAGAAUUUAAUUUUAUUUAUUUAUAGUAAUAAUAAUGAUAAAUUAAGUAGGUGCCUUUAAAUAAACACUUUAUACACUUGUUGAUAAAUUUAUAACUACAAGCAAUAAAUAUAAAAUAAAAAGUGCCAUUUGGCAGCUGAAA